GCAUACUCUGUUGAGUCUUACAAGCAUCCGGUCGAUCUGGUUGCGACUUUUAAUGAGCCACUUUCCGAGGCCUGGAUCGGACCUGGAGGCUUGUCAGAGGUGGAUGAUGAAAGGGAAGAAGAUGUACAAGAAAAAGGAGGAUGGGAAGAGGAGGCCAGAUGCCUUCUACCCCAGCUCUCUCUGAAUUCAGCCUCCUCUUCGUUGCCUGGUAGAUCUUCGGUGGCGAAUCCCGCGUCUGGUCCUUCGCGCACAGUCUCCAAGCUACCAUCCUCUCCGCCUGCACCAGCUUCAGAUUCAACGAGUUCUUCCUCAUCGUACGCGGCUGCAUGCGUUAAACCUCUUCCUCCGUUGCCCAAUUCUUGUAUUCUGACUUCUCUAAAAGCCGAAACCGGCCAAACAGGUCGGCGGAGAGAAUCAAGAAAGUCAUCCGGUUUCCGUCGUCAGUCUGAGGAAGCUAGUUACUUCCCUGUUAGCCCACACUUUUCUUCAAGUGGUUGCCAACACCUUGUUAACUCUGAGGAGCAAGAUCUAAAGCAGGCUUUUACAAAUAUGCACCCUGCUCGACUGCACCAGCUACAAUAUCAACUUCGACCUCCCCAUCGUCAUAAGCAUCACUAUCCCUACUCCAUCAAUCAUCCUCGUCAUCAGCAUCAUUCACCUCAGUACCAUCACCUUCACUCAGUCCUGACAACAAAGGAAUCACAGACAUGCAAUCCCGAUACCAACAGACAGACCAGUAACCAUCCUCACAGGCUGUUGGUGGCCUGUACCGGACGCCUGCCAUCGUCGAAAGGCACCCUGUCGACGGUUGGCAUGCCAUUGCUGAUGUCCCGGCGACAGAGACGCUGUGAUUUUGGUGCAUUCGAGGUGAGAAAGGGGGUUGGAUUUUAUUCGACUGCAUUCUUUAACAUUUCACUUUUCACUGUGAUGCUCGCAGAAUGUUAUUCGUAG